GUGAAAGGCAGAGGGCAGAAGUGUGUGUUUCCUUUCCUCUUUACCUCCGUUCAUCUGCACUUACACGACAGUCUGUGACUGCGCUCACUGGAAUGGCAGGAUGAGAGAGUACCUGGAUGAGCUCAGGGUACUCAUUCAGCGCUGAAUGGGAGACUGUUUCAACAUGCCACAACACCAGGCAAUUUGACUUUAUCAGAAAAAAGACACAAGAAAAAGAGCUUGCAGGAUAAAGAUUAUGACCACCAGGCAGUGAGCAAUGAGUGUGUGUUGAACGAUAAAGCCCCCUAGACACGCACACGCUCUCUCUCUCCCCACUGUGUCUUCAUGAGGGCAGAGAGAUGACCAUGCACGGUCGCUGGUCUUUCAAUACACUGGCCGUCAUCUUUAUACUGCUGUCCACUGCGGCUCUCUCUGCACACUUCAGGGUGUGCGAGCCUUACUCCGACCACAAGGGGCGCUAUCAUUUCGGUUUCCACUGCCCUCGACUAUCAGACAACAAGACCUACAUAUUCUGCUGUCACCAUAACAACACGACCUUCAAAUACUGCUGUAACGAAAGCGAAUUUCAGAGUGUGAUGCAACUCAACCUCACCACCAAUUCAGAUGGCUUUGCCCACAACAAUUACACCGCCCUCGUUGGUGUGUGGGUUUACGGCUUUUUCGUCAUGGUCCUCCUGGCUUUAGACUUCUUGUACUACUCUGCCAUGAACUACGAGUUGUGCCGGGUCUACCUGGAGAAAUGGGGACUGGGCGGUCGAUGGCUGAAACAGGCCAGGAGUCAAUGGCACAGUGCAGCUCAGGGAGGCGAACCGACUGUGGGUUCGCAAACGGGUCACCGCCAUCAUCUGAGACACAGCUUGAGUGGGGAGGCACAGAGCCCCACGCUCCUCACCUUUCAAACCUCUACAGCGUGAUAUUCAGCUUUGACCCAGAGAACAUGUGAGCCGGUGGAACCAGAGAUUUCGUUUGGAAAUUCUCUUUCUGGCUCCAUCAAUAUUCGUGACUCAGACCAUGAUGUCUACCUCCUGCAGAUAUGAUGAAUGACGUUUUCUCGACAUGGUGAAGCUGAGAAUUUGAGCGUCCACCAUUGACAGCUGCCAAGAAGACAGAAGUCAGAUGGCUGUUUGGCAACUACUUUCAAGCGGCUCCUGAAGGACUUUAAUGAGAUUGUUGCCCACGACCUUGCCUUGCCAUUUCGGGUGUUAUGGAUACAGAAGAUAAAGAAAAGACUCUAUGUAAUCUCUAGAUGUGUUUGUACUGCUGUGAAGCCAUUGGUCGGCAUCUCUUGAAGUAGCAGAAACAGAUUGGUUAUCGUGGUUACCCAAUUUCGAUUUUAUAUCACGUUUUAUUCGUACAGUAUAUCGUACGCAAGAUGACGGACAAAGUUUAAUAGUUCAAACAUGAUUUGAAAUCUUAUUUCCAAGGAACUUGCAUCACUAUUAUAUAGGACACUUUGUAAGACCUUGAAACAUAUGUUACUACUGAAAUUUGGGGUGCGGGGGGAAAUUACUUUUACAGCAAUAGCAAUACAAAAACGUUUAGGAUAAACUUGUCAUUUAUUGAUCUAUGAACCAAGACCGUACAAAAUGAAACUUGACUAAGUGGGAUUGCUUUCCAGAUUUUUACACACACACACACACACAAUCAUGUAUCUGAGGGUUACUUCACUGUAGAAAUACAGUAACUUUAUUUCUAUCCCUGUCAAAAUUGUGCACUGAGUUGAAACAGAUUAGACAUAGAUAACAGUAGCCACUAAUAGGCUGUGAGUAUUCACCUGCAAUAACACACAGCAUUGUGCUGAAUUGUGUUGUGUAUAGAGGAGAAAUUGUUGUGAUCUUGUUUUAACUAUUUAAGGUGAAUCUAAUAGUUUUCCCUCGUGGAGGGAAGAGAGAUACAUUAUGUUUUGGAGUAAUAAGUUAUAAUGGUAAAAAUUGCCUUACGGUAAAUCUGUAGUACAUGCCUAGCACCUUGUUCUGUGAUAGUGGUUGGUACUUCAGUUGAAGUGUGAUAUGGCCGUCCACCUGUUAAACUUCUUUCUGUUUUUAUUAUGGGGUUAAAGGUGCGGGUGGGGGGCAGCUGAGUUGUAAUUGCACUUGUUAACUUUUUACUGUUACAACCUGGCAGAAAUAAAGAUUUAUCUUUUGCAGUGUU